CAGCCACGCCUCCCUUCUUCUUCUCCAUGCGGAUCAGCUGGAGAGCGUGCAGGCCGGCACUGAGCCAGGCACUGCACAAGAGAGCUAGCUCCAUAAGACUUCCCCGAAGAGUAGUUGCCGACAACAGACCAAUCACCAAGGUUCAAACCAUCAUCAUAAAGCCUACCUCAAAGCAUCCGGCGCUCCAGAGACAAGCUGCAGAGAGUUUCUCUGAGCUACGACUGAGGGGAGAUGUGGUGGAUGCUCUGGGCAACAUUGGUCUCAGCCAACCCACUGUCACACAGAUGCUCACAAUCCCCCAUAUUUUGAAGGGAAGAAAUGUACUCUGUGCUGCAGAGACAGGAUCUGGCAAGACGCUGGCCUACCUUGCCCCUGUAAUCAGUGAGUUAAGGAGAGAAGAGGCAGAGGAGGGUGUGGUCCCACGCCUCAGGAGACCGCGAGCACUGGUCGUGCUACCCUCCAGAGACCUAGCCUCGCAAGUCCUGGCGGUUGCCAAGUCCCUGUGCCACGUGGCCAGGUUUAGAGCCGUUGGACUCAUCCGAGGUGGCAAAAAGCGCAAUAUCCGCAACUCCCUGCUGAGUCCGGUGGACCUGGCAGUAACUACGCCUGACGCUCUCCUCCAGUUCAGGAGACAAGAGCAGAUCCAACUGAGUGACGUGAGGUUUCUAGUGGUGGAUGAAGCAGACACAUUGUUUGAUCGCUCAUUUCAAGAGGCAACCACCAGCAUCAUCAGAACUAUAAAGGCCUCGACCACCAAGCCUCUGUCUGGGGCAGACCAGCAACCUGACAGAGGAGGGGCCCAGGUGAUAGCAGUUGCAGCCACUCUCUCCACUCACCUGAUGGAGAGCCUCCAGUCACUAGUACCUUCGGUGAGCGUGGUGACUACAAAGAGCCUGCACAAGAUCUUACCACACAUCGAGCAGCGUUUCCAUAAAGUGACUCAGACUGAAAAAGCAGAUAAGCUGCUGAGUAUAAUUCGUGAGUGCCCCGGUGAUGUGUUCAUGGUGUUCUGUAACACUGUUUCCUCGUGCGACUGGACGUCUCAUUUCCUUCAGACCAACAGAACACCAGUCACCACACUACACGCCGGAUUCCGUGCAUCAAGUCGGAAGGAUUUGAUACGGCCAUUCAGCGAGGGAGAGACAAGAGUACUGGUGUGCACUGACCUAGCCUCGAGGGGCAUUCACCAUGAAAAGGUGACCCACGUCAUCCUAUUUGAUUUCCCGCACACCAUGGUAGACUAUCUUCACCGAGUGGGCAGGACCGGGAGGGUUGGAUCAGCCAAUGCCAACUGCAGAGCCUCAAUCCUCAUGACACAUCGUCAGGAUGUCAAAACUGCCUGGCAGAUCAAGGAUGCAGCAGAGAAAAGAGAGGCCAUCAUGAACCAAAAGAUGAACAAACGCUUGCAGUCAUUAUCAUGAGCUCACGCACAGAAAUCAGUCACACAGCCAUCAUAUUAUUCUGUCAAUCACUGUACCUUCCAUACAACAAGUCAUAAAAUCAGUGAAGGGAGCAAUUGUGGGGAAAGUGAGAAGUGAGUGGUGAGGGGCAGUCGACAUAAAGACCAAUACCAUCUGGACGUUCUUGGCUAUCUGCUUGCUUCUUCCGCUUCUCUAAGGGCGGCUGUCUCCCUGCGGAGCUCUCUGACGACAGCAGCCAGAGCCUCUGGGUUGACUCCAGCCUCCAGAAGUUGGACACACACCUUCAGAGUCUCCUCAUCCAGACCUGUGUUCAAAAGGUCUGAUAUCUCCUUCACAGUCUUCAUGGCGUCUCGAGCCUCGGCAAUUCUGUGUGUCGACGGACCGGCACCUUCCUUGCUGGCG